GCUCCACGCGCAUUGGUGCCUCCAGCUGUCGGUCCCCGCGCUCUGGGGAGGGGGCGUCGCCCGGCUGCGGUCCCUCUGCAGAGGGUUGCUCGCUCCCGGUGCGCCGCUGCCUUCCCGCCGGCCCCGCGGGCGCCCCCGCGACCUCCGCGGCAGCGUUGUCCAGGGACCCCGGCGCCCUCGGUUGAUCGUUAAAUAAAGCAAAAAUAUAUCCAGUAAAAGGGCUUUCAUGAAGAAAUUAAAGACAGAAAUUACAAGUAAUAGAGAAACUAGGUAUUUGUAUAACUGGAGAAACCACCUAAAAUAACCAUGGAGUAAGACAAAAGGAGUGACUCCAUCUGGAAGAAAUUUUAUUUAGUGUGUGUUUUUUUUUUUUUUUUUUUUUUUGUCAUAAAAGGCUGCUAAGGAAGAGAGGCAUAGUUUCUAGAGAAAGAAAGAUAUAAUGUCAAAAUGGAGACCACAGUUUCUGAAAUACAAGUAGAAAGCAAGGAUGAGAAGAGAUCAGCAGAAGUUAGUCCUCAGGAUGAGAGGCAGGAGGAAAAAGCAUCGAUGCUUUGCUUCAAGAGAAGGAAGAAGGCAACCAAAGCAAGGAAGCCCAAAGCUGGCUCUGAUGCUCCUGAGGCAGCAAGGAAAUUUCCCCCAGAAGCGGGAGCUUCUGAUCAGCCACAGCCCCCAGGGGGAGCCUGGGUUUCAGUCAAACGCCUUAUAACAUGCAGGAAAAGAUCAGAUUCUUCAAAGCAGCAAAAGCCCUGUAAGGCUAAAGUGCAGCCUGAAAGCAAGGAUGCUGAUCUUUCUAAGAAAAAGGCAAAAUCCAGACUCAAGAUUCCCUGCAUAAAAUUCUCAAAAGGGGGGAAAAGAAGUAAUCAUUCCAAAAUUAUAGAAGACUCAGACUGCAGCAUUAAAGUCCAGGAAGAGGCUGAAAGUUUGGAUAUAAAAACUCCAGUCCAGUUGGAUGACCAGGCAACAAAAACCAAGUCAACUCUGGAUAUAAGGGAAGAUGUCUCACAGAAAGAUGGUGAUGAGGUCUGUGAAUCAAAUGUGAACAAGAGCAUAACUUCUCCUGGAGAAAAAGUGAUUUCAGUAGAACUUGAGUUAGGUACAGGGCAUUCUGCUAUUCCAACCGGAACGCUAAUCCUUGAAAAAGAUAUUGAAACGACUGAAGAAAAACCAAGCAUUCAUCCUCAGCAAGGGAGCCCACUGGAAACCUCAGACAUAGAACAUCCCCUCCCAGUGGUUUCUGAUGUUCCUCCCUUACCUGCAGUCCCAGAUCAACAAAUUGUGGAAGAAGCCAGAAGCAGUAUCCUAGAAAGUGGACCAGAUUGGAAAGACCACGAAAGUAGAGAGAUUGUAGCUGAGGAGAGUAAGCCAAAAGAUACUGAAUUGAGCCAGGAAUCAGAUUUUCAAGAAAAUGAGAUCACUGCAGAAAAACCCAAACCAGAAGAAAGCAAAAGAAUGGAGCCAAUUGCUAUUAUUAUCACAGACACUGAAAUCAGUGAAUUUGAUGUUAAGAAAGCUAAAAAUGUCCCUAAGCAAUUCCUAAUUUCAAUUGAAAGUGAGCAAGUAGGGGUUUUUGCUAAUGAUAGUGGCUUUGAGGGUAGAACUUCAGAACAAUAUGAAACACUCUUAAUAGAAACAGCUUCUUCUCUUGUCAAGAAUGCUAUCCAGUUGUCUAUAGAACAGCUGGUUAAUGAAAUGGCCUCUGAUGAUAAUACAAUAAACAAUCUUGUACAGUGAUUUAAUUUCUAGAUCAUGGGAGGAAAGAAAAGCUUAAUGGUGAGUUAUUUACAUAUUUGUGGCAUUCCUUAUUCAGUAACAAAUGAGAGAUUUAGCAUCUGUGGAAUUUAAAGGUCCAAUUCUAGUCCAGAAGUGCUAAAGAAUUAAGUUGUAAAACCCUCCCUACCACUGAAGUGUAGCCACUUCUGGAUCAGAGGAAGUCAGUACAGAUUACAAUGGGAAGUGACAUCCAGGGAGUUGCUUAGCAGGUGGAGAUUGGGAUGCUAGGGAGAAGGAAGAUGGAUUUUCCGUGCACUUGCCAUAUAUGCCAUAAGCUCUUUAACAUCCUCUGAUGUCACAAAGCCAGGUUUCCUUUUGAUAGUUCAACCUUGUGUAUAGGUUAACAUUCACAUUCGCUUCCAACAAAACAACUUUUUUUUACAGUGUACUUUUCUGUUGUUUAAAAUGAAUAAGGUGAACUAUUUUUGUGAAUGUGUGACUUACAGUUUGUUACACUCCUAGGCAGUAGUCUUACCUCAAAAAAAUACUGCAGAAAAACUGAUUAAACAUGACUGGUUUUCUAGUCUUGCUUAAGUCCUUUACAAAAGCCAUUCACAAAUUACUUCAAACAGGCAAAUAAUUAUCAAAUACAAAGGUGUGGAAACAGGGAGUAUAUUUUCCCUCUCCAUCUUCCUUCUGCUCAAAACAGACAGGUACAAAUCCAUUUAUACAUAGAAUCACCUGCUGAAAACUUAAAAACAAAAACAAUAGCAACAACAAAAACCAAAAAUGGAAUAUUACUUUCCAUCCAGGAGAAGGUGAACUUCCCAAGUGACAAGUUAUCACGGAUACCAUAGGAUUCCUCUCGCAAGAUUAAAUCGCUAGAGGCUACAUUCAUUGAUCUCUCCCCAAAGAGGGGAGAGUGGAUUCAAAGCCAGCCUGGCGUAAAAGUCCUAGGAAAUCAUAACAUUUUAGUGAAAAUAUUAUUCAUUCUUGGCCAAGAAUGAGCCAAGAACAUGGCUGAAUAGAAAGUGAAAAGUGUUGAGAGACUCUGGAUAUUGGAAAUGAACUUUUUCAUCAGUACUGAUUCAGUCCAGCUACUCUCUUACCAAAAAAAAAAAAAAAAAAAAAAAAAAAAAAA